AUGGACCAAACCACUUCACCAAUUAUUGAGCGCUCUACCGGCGAAGAUACCAUCAUGAUGUCCUCCCGUCCACCACCUGCUUCAGUUGAGGACCACAACAAGGAAAGCUACAAUAUUUCUCCUUCGAGUGAUACAUUUCUCGAAAAUGGUAGUAGUACACCACCAAAGAUUGGAAUUCCCAGCCUGCUAAGACAGAAUGUCUUCAUGGCUUUUAUCACCUUAACCCAACUAGUUCAAAUGAUCCCUCUGGGGGCCGGUAUUAAUUCUAGUUUUGCUAUCGGAGCAGCAUUGGGAGCAACAGAAGCGCAGUCGGUCUGGAUAGUUGCUUCAUACCCUUUAACUCAAGGGACUUUCGUUCUGAUUGGAGGUCGUCUAGGCGCAGUCUAUGGUCACAAGAACGUCUUCACCGCCGGUUGUGUUUGGUGGACUCUCUGGGCAUUGUGCGGUGGAUUUUCUGAUAACUUAAUAUCGAUGUGUAUCAUGAGAGGAUUAUGUGGAAUAGGCGGCGGUCUGAUGAUACCAAAUAUUGUGGCUUUGCUAGGCAUCACUUUUCCGCCUGGAAAGAAGCGAAAUUUGAGUUUUGCUUUAUUUGGCGCCAUGGCACCAGUCGGCGCUGCUGGUGGAUCUCUUGUUGGUGCGGUUAUUAUCCAACUUUCCGAUUGGAAAUGGCUUUUUUUUAUGCUUGGUCUACUUGGGUUUGUUGUUUACGGAGUUACGAUCAUGGCUGUUGAUGCGGAUAUUCCCAUUGAUCCAAAGGGUACCGUGGACUGGGUUGGCUCUUACCUAGGAGUCGCUGCUCUCAUCCUUUUUAAUUUUGUCUGGAAUCAAGCACCACUCGUUGGAUGGGACAGUCCUUACGAGAUCGCACUUCUUGUUGUGUCUAUAGUUCAUUUUGCUGGAUUCGUAUACUGGGAAAUAAAAGUCGCCAAAGAACCAAUUCUACCAUUCAACAUCUGGAAGGCCCCCUCAUUCGGAAUUUUGAUGUUGGCUGUUUUCUUCUCAUUCAUGAGCCUGGGUAUCUUUUUUUGGUAUAUGAAUGCAUAUAUGCAAAACAUCCGCGGGGACAGUCUCAUUCUUACUGGUGUGCAGUACUUGCCACUUACUAUAGUUGGAUGUGCGACCGCUUUUCUCGCAGCAUGGCUGGUUCCUCGAGUACCGGCGCAGGUCAUCAUUAGCCUGGGAUGCUCGGCAAUGGUCAUUAUCAACGUCCUUCUCUCGACUAUUCCUGCAAAUCUCACUUACUGGGCGAUGGCAUUCCCCGCAAUGUUCAUAUCUGCUUUUACCAUCGAUCUGAUCACCACCAGCGCUCAGAUCAUCGCAUGUAACACUGUUCCAAUGAAGCAUCAAGGUGUCGCAGGUUCAUUAAUAGGCACACUCCUUGGUUAUGGGCUGAGCACUGGUCUGGGUAUCGCCGGAACUAUAGAAGUGAACACUAACGACAAUGGGAAGGAUCUUCUUAAGGGUUAUCAUAGUGCUGCAUACUUGGGAGUUGGUUUGGCGAGCGCUGCUCUCAUUAUUAGCGUUGUAUUCAUACGUAUUCCUAAGGAUACCCGGGAAGGCUGGGCGGAGGAUGACACACAUGCUAGAGAGAGAGGCCAAUUAUAG